UCGGAUAAAGAUAGAGGAACGAUGCGCAUGCGCCGGAGGGGUCGUCGAAGAAUCCAGUAAAUAGAACCCGGAGCACGAGCAGAGUGUCGGCGCUGACGUCACGGCCCUCACUGAGAGCUCGAGCUGGAUUGUAGCGCGAGCUUCAGACGGAGGCGCGACGCGGAAACGAACAGAGCGGCGAUGAGAUCCAGGAGGAGCGAGCGCGCGGAGAUCUGUUAACCCGACUUCAUCCACUUCCGGCUUCUUCUUCUGCUGCUUCACGCGCACACAACCGUCGACGGACAUCUUGGAGUCUAGUCCUGGUCUCCUGGUUUCAGGGUCUCCUGGUUUCAGGGUCUCGGGUUUUGGGGUUUUGGGGGUGUCGGGGUUUUUCAACAUGUCCUCCGCGGCGGUCUCGGCCUCGAGGAGGCAGUCCUGCUACCUGUGCGACCUGCCCCGCAUGCCGUGGGCCAUGAUCUGGGACUUCACCGAGGCGGUCUGCCGGGGCUGCGUCAACUACGAGGGGGCAGACCGGAUCGAGUUCGUUAUCGAGACCGCCAGGCAGCUAAAGCGGGCUCACGGGUUCCAGGACGGGAGGUCUCCGGGCCCGGGGAAGACCCAGCACCCCGGGAAGGACCUGAACCACUCAGACCCGGGCUCCCGGCCCCCGCAGAGUCUGGACCGGUACCCGCUGUCGGACCGGCCGCCCCGGCUGGGACCGGAGUACCAGGGGGGUCGGACUGCGAACGGCCUCCCUUUGCCGAACGGAUUUCCAAAACCGGACGACCCCCCUGAGCUGAACCGGCAGAGUCCAAACCCCCGCAGGAACACCGCGGUCCCCCCAAGCCUGGUCCCCCUGGUGAACGGAGGACUCCCUGCAGGGCACCCUCUGAACGGCCGGCCCAUGGGUCUGUCUGGGGUCCUGUCCGGACCGGGACCCGGGGACCACGGGAAGAGGGAGGACAUGAAGGACAAGCACAGACCGGACAGCAUGUCGGACCUGCAGGACGGACACAAGGACUGGAUGGGGAAGGGUAAGACGGUCCGGGACCUGAUGGCCCUGCACACCUUCGAACACUCCAGGUUCAAGAAGGAGCACGCGGCCAUGCAGCGCGUCAUGGGGUACGACACGAGCGCCACUUCCUCAAAGACAGACCGGGGGAAGCACCCUCGCAGCAUGAAGAGGAAGGCGUCCCCGGAGCCCGAUGGCGAGGGCAGCGCCCCCAAGAUGAACGGCGGUGAGGGUCAGCCGUGGCUCCCGUCCCCCUCUGAGGUCCUGAAGAUGCCCCCUGCGGCCCUACCCGGUUUCAUGGCCGCCCCCCCUUCCACCAUCUCCCCUCACUCCCGCACCACGCCCCCGGAGGCCGCCACCGCACAGAACGGCCAGUCCCCCAUGGCGGCGCUCAUCCUCGCCACCGACAACGCCGGCAUCACGGGCUCACCUAAGGACCCGCAGGUACACUCCACCACGGCGGGGGCGCGGCGGAACAGCGGCAGCCCUCUGUCGCCGUCCUCCGCCUCUCAGAGGAGACUCGCCGGGAGGGACGGCCCGCUGCCGCCGCCCGCGAGCGCCAACACCUCCACCCUCCACGCGCCCGGCAGCAUGGACCCCCACGCCGCGUCGCAGAGCAUUCCAGACUCUUCCGUGCCCCCCGGCAGCGUCCCGCUCUGCUGCACGCUGUGCCACGAGCGGCUGGAGGACACGCACUUCGUCCAGUGCCCGUCGGUGCCGUCGCACAAGUUCUGCUUCCCGUGUUCCCGGGAGAGCAUCAAGCAGCAGGGCGCCACCGGCGAGGUGUACUGUCCCAGCGGGGAGCGCUGCCCGCUGGUGGGCUCCAACGUACCCUGGGCCUUCAUGCAGGGGGAAAUAGCCACCAUCCUGGCCGGGGACAUAAAGGUCAAAAAGGAGAGGGACCCGUGAGACCUUCUGGAUUUUUCUGGACCCCUUUUGUACCCCUGAACCCUCGCCCUCACGGACUCCUCCAGAGGAACGCCGGACGUGUACAUAUCGGACACAAGGGAAGUGGACACUUCGUAAACAUGGCUGUAUAAUUUUUGAUUUUUCUUUUUAAUACAUUGUGUUUCUAUAAUUUGAAGAUAAAGGUAUGUACCCGUCAGAACGCCCCCCCCCCGCCCCCCACACACCUGUCCCCCCUCUGGUCUCUGGUGUCUGUAGGUCUGGAGACUCCAACAUAGAAUGUGACUAAUCUGAGCACUUGGCGUAAAAAAAAAAAAAAAAGGAAAACCAUUAAAAAAAAAACAAAGUGAGAACUGCUUCUAGCUGUACAUGUAUGCACUUGUUUCAGAGAAAAGUUGCCAAAUACAGUUUCAGACCUUGUAAUAAUU